CAGCCUUCCACUCCACUUGCUUUCCAGAGCCGUCGCAACAAGUGUGGGCAAAAGUAACAUCCCGGAAACAACUCUAUUCCUUGAUGCUCAAGGCUCUCGACAGGCAAAUCUAGUCUCGACACUCUAUCCUCCAGAAUAUCCACACAUCAACAGCCCUCAUCGACUGAUAACCCGUCAUGAAUAGGCCAGGACCAGGCCCACAGCCUCUACGAGCCAUGUCAGGCUUCCCCGCACAGCAGCAAGCUCAAGCUCGAAAUGCGACUUUAGCCUCCACACGACUACCCAACGGUAAAUUAAGUAGCGGAGCGAACUGGAAUUUCAACCUACCCGUGAGUGGCACACCGGGAGGGAUACAGGGUAACCAACAACGCAACAUCGGAGCAAUGGGAACUUUUGCGCAGAGCCUCAGCGGGUCUCAACCGUCUACUCCUCUCGAUCUGUCGGAUUUCCCCUCAUUAUCCGGAGCAUCUUCGCAAUCACAGGCGCAAAAUCAGGCGCAUUUGGUAUGGGCGAAUGCUAGCCAGCGUGGCGUGCAACAGACCCCAGUUCAGAGACAGCAACAUCCCACCUCUCAACCUCCUUCGCGGGGACCGCAAACGCAAACGCAUAUUCCGUCACAACAAAACCAGGCCUCUCAUGACGAUGUAUUCCCGUCCGGGUCCCAAUUUGCCAGUCGCCUAGACGAUUACAGAAACGGGGGGCAGGGCAUCAGCGGGCAACUAGGUGGUGGUGCGCAACCGCAAACAGGAAAUAUCGAUGAAUUUCCUCCCCUCGGCCGGAACGUGGCUGCGGACCUUGGUCAAGAUCGGAGGGGCUCUCUUAUGCAGGGCGCCGGAUUUGGGGGCUUCAAUGCCAACCUGCAGUUCUCCGGCGCGAGUCAAGGCCAGCCAACUCAGGGUCGCAAUAUAAUGUCAGCGUCGAUAGCUGCUGGCCAGGAACGGAUAACGUCACCGGUAGCACCGGUAUCAUCGGGAAUCGGUUCAUCGCGGUCGCCGGUUAAUCCUCCCACAAACGGAGUCACAAGCCAUGAUAAAGAAGAUCUAAGUACUGCUGCGAUACCUGGCCCACAACAACCGGUACCUGCUCAAGCAUUAAGUCGGCCGUCGCAAGACUCGGGGGCGGAACAACAAUCUUUAGCUGAUAUGAGCGAGCUUGAUAAAUUCGGGCUGGCAGGCCUACUUCGGAUGAUCCAUAGUGAUAGUGCCGAUGUUGCCAGUCUCGCUGUCGGCCAGGAUUUGAUGACACUGGGGUUGGAUCUGAAUCAACCAGAACCAUUACAUUCGUCAUUUGUUUCUCCUUUUGUUGCCUCGGUACCAGGGAUACCGCUGGAGCAGGAUUUUGCUCUUCCAGCUUGCUAUAGUGUGGCGAAUGUGCAACCCCUCCAGUCGAGGAUUCCCAGUUUCAGCGACGAGACUCUGUUCUACAUCUUCUACAGCAUGCCUCGAGAUGUCAUGCAAGAAGUUGCAGCGGAGGAGCUGAUGGGCCGGAAAUGGAGGUAUCACAAGAUUGAAAGGUGUUGGUUAACGCGAGACGAGGCGUACCCUGGCCCUGUGGAUGUAGAAAGGGGCGUGAGCGAGCGGGGUGUCUAUCUGUUAUGGGACCCCGCUAGCUGGAAGAAAGUUAGGCGUGAGUUUAUUCUUCGGUACGAGGAUCUAGACAACCGGAUGGAUCCAAACCGUACCCUUUCGCGAGUUGGAUUUCCGCAUCAUGGUUCAUGAGGAUUUUGUUGAGUACGAUAAGGAAUAGGACCAGUACGGCGUUAGGUUCACUUCCCAUUUACUUAUGGUCAUCUGGGUGUUACCGUGCUUGCUGGGAGACGAGGCGUUUCUCUACUCAAUUUAUCAUAUGGCACAUCGGUAAAUAGGGUUUCUAUCGAAACUAAAUUCAUGAUUUGCAUAGCCUGUAGCACUGCUUCCGUCAGGGAGAGGUGCUACCAGGCAUUCCGUCCGACUCGUCACUCCUCCCAUUGUCUAUAUAUAUUCUUUGUAUCUGUCACCACCCCUUUCAUAUCGCGACCCAGCCCUGUCAUUAUUUCAUUUGUCUAUUCCGGCUUACGAGCAAUCGCAAUAAUCCCGACUGGCUCUAGGGGCACCAACGCACCAACUCCGUACAUCUGCUCAAGAUAUUGCUGCACAGCCGCCGGGACCCGCUCCGCAUACUCGUCCCGCUGUUGCUGUGUCCAGUACUUACCUAGUAGAGCGGGAAGAAUACUCACACUCAGCUGGACGACAUCAGCGAUAGGCAGCUCGAUCGUUUUCGUCACAGGUGUAACCUGGACAUCCGUGAACCCUUCCUUUGUGAGGAGAGACUCGAUGGUAGUCUCGGAUUCCCAGCCUCGGCUUGUGGUUUUGACAAAUUCUUCGCUGUCAGGCCAGUGGAGAUUCGGGGAUAUCGUUUCGAUGCCGCG